AUGGGCGAUGUCCGAACUGAUCCGCCAUCCUCAUCUCAUGAACAAAGUCAGAGACGAAUUGGAGAGAGUUGUGGGAACGGAAGAGAGAGUAGCAGAAUCUCUCUUCCUCAGCUGAAAUAUUUACAUGCAGUUGUGACAGAAACUCUUCGACUGCAUCCUCCAACGCCGCUUAUGCUUCCUCACGCAUCUCCAGACAGUUCAAGGGAAAUAAUGGGGCAUUUCAUUCCCCCGAAUUCUCAUGUGAUGGUGAAUGUGUGGGCCGUAGCAAGAGAUCCAAAUGCGUGGGAGAGGCCACUGGAAUUUGAUCCCGAUCGCUUUGUGGACAAUCCCGUUAAUCUGGAUGGACGAGAUUUUCCAAUAAUACCGUUCGGGGCAGGGCGAAGAAGGUGUCCAGGGUAUAAUCUGGGCCUUCGUAUGAUUCAAUUUGCGCUUGCAAGCUUUGUUCAUGCAUUUGAUUGGUCGCUUCCACCUGGUGAAGAAGCCCAAGAUUUGGACAUGAGUGAGAAAUAUGAACUCUCAAUUCACAGGAAAGUUCCUCUCACUCUCUUUGCCACUCCACGGUUGCCCACUCACCUUUAUAAGACCUUACAAUAA